GGGGACGGGACCCGGGUGUCGCCACGGCGUCUAGGCGUCAUUGUUCUGCGUUUGCGUAUUGCUAGUAUGUCUGUGCCUUUAGUUUUUGCCAAGCGCGCUCGAGCUCGCCGUACCUCGUACGCUGCGUGCAGCCACAGGCUGGACUCGUGAGAGCUGGAAGAACACCAUAGUGAUCUGACAGACGCCUCCUCGCAAUCUCACUGCACGCAGUGCCCCAGGCGCGCAUCCAAGCUCAAAACUCCCUCCAGCCUCGCUGUCAAGGCGCGCGCCCCGUACUGCCACGGGCGGCGAGCUAAGACAAGCCGUGCGCAAACGCGGCGCUACGAAAGCAGAAGACAGUACUGAAAGAUGGCCACCGCCCGCGACCUCCAGGCCCAGCUCGCGCAAGCGAGAUCUCCGGAAGAAUACGUGGACAUGCUCCAGCACGGCGUCGAGCACUUUCCUAGAGUUGCGCUCUUUUGGCGGUUAUAUGCGGAGCACGAGCGCGCGACGCGGGGCCCGGAAGUGGCCUGGAAGUUACUAAACGAAAAUGAAGAGAAGGCCCUGUGCUGGUGCCGCUGCGACGCGGACCUGUGGCGCGUCGCCGCCGAGUGUUGUAGAGAUGCGCAUCCGCGCGAGGAACGCGCAUCGGAGUCUACGGAGUUGGUUGGCCGGACCUUCGAGCGAGCCGUCGCCGCGGCCGGCGCCGCGCCCGAGGCCACGGCGCUGUGGCGCGCGUAUCGGGACUGGGCCGCCAACUCCGCCCCGGUGGCGCAACGGGCCCAGGCCAAGGCUUCUCUCCUUAGAAGGGCUUCACUAAUUCCCGGUGAAGGCAACGACGAAUUUUGGCGCGAGAUCGAGAAGGAGGCGCGCGAAGGUGGCGACGAAAAGGACCGGGAGCGGGCGCGAGCGCUGGAUCCGUUGGCGCAGGCUGCGAGGCGAGAUGGGGCGGCACGAGCCCAAAUCUGGCGCGCAGCGAGACACGCCCAGACCGACGAUGAUUUAGGAAGAUGGCGCAUCGUCAUCGCGUACGAACGAGCUUCUAUGCCUACCGAAAAAAGGAGGCAGGAAGCCACGCCCGCCGAGAAGAGCGCGCAUGCUCUGUCGAUCGAUGCCGGGCGAAGGCGCAUCGCCGCGGCCUACCGCGCGGCCAUCGACGCCUGCGCGGACCAGGCGCCCGAAUUGUUUCUCGAACUGUCCGACUGGGCUGAGCAGUGCCACGCCGAGGACUUAGCGAGACCGGAGGCGAUUCCGGGCGGCGCCGACACGGAUUGUCCGGAAGAUGAGGCGUUGAUAGCGUCACCCUUCUCCCUAGAAGAUGAAUCCCCCCUCUUCCAGGCGGCUCCCAGUGGUCCCGACGCGGCGGUUCACAUUUUAGCAGAUGCCGCAAAGACGUGUUCGACCUCGGUCCUGGCCGCGGCGGCCCACGCGGCGGCUCUCGAGCGGUUGGGUCGACCGGCGGAAGCGGAAGCCGCUCUCGAGGCGCUCGUGGCCAAAGAACUGAAGACGGACGACCCCGAGGCGAAGGAGGGCGAACUUUGCGCCGCGCCGUGGGUCUUGCUCGAGCGCCACUGCCGCCGCCACCGAGGCAAGGAGGCAGCCAGGGACGUCUUCGCUAGAACAGCAGACCUGCGGAAAGCCAAGAAGAUCGACGCGCGGAUCUACGAAGGUCACGCGGUCGUGGAAUCGCGGGCAAAUAAUGACAAGCUCGCCGCUCGUAGAGUGUUUGAAUUGGGCUUGGAUCAAAGACCGGAGUUGUUACAGAGGCACGACGCGGUCUACGUGUUGACCUUCGCCCAUUUUCUCGAAACGGACUGUGGAGAUGCUGAUUCUGCCUCUGCGGUCAUCGAACGAAGUAUAGCGGCGUAUAAGAAGGAGCAGGACGUGCCCCACGUCCUCUGGGACGCCCUCGUGUCCAUCUACCACCGGCACGCUUCUUCGCGGGACGCUGCCAUGAAGGCUCGGGCCGUGGAAGUUAGGAGAAAGAAAGCCGGCGCGGGCGGUGUGGGUGGCGCGCUCAUGGCGCUCUGGCGAGACGUGUCGUCGGCGGCCAUCCUCCCUUUAAAUGCGACGGACACGGCCUGGCGCGUGCGCGAGGCCAUCCCCGCGAUUUUGGUGCGGGAUUUGGCGUCCUGUCGAGACCACGCGUCGAAGCUCGAAGCGGCUAGAGCCGAUGGCCUACUCGCCGACGAGAUCGACAACGGCGGGUUAGAUGCCUCGGAUCUGGACGCUGGUGAUGAUGGGGACGCCGUGGCUAUAUUGUUGAGUGCGGGUACUUUGCCGCCGAAUUUACGGAGACUCACGGAGCGCAUCCACACGAAGGCCCGGAAGCAGGUCGCCGAUCCUAGAGCGGUCCAAUUUGUGCUAGAUGCUCUGUUGCGGGCGCCGCUGCCGCCGCCGCCCACGAAGAAGAGGGGAAGAGACGACGACGACGAGGACGACGCCGAGGCGCCGCCCGACGCGUUCCGGGCGAGGAGGGCCGCGAAGCGCGCGGCGAAAUAAAUAAAAC